GAUUAAACGAAGUAAACUUUGACAAAGUCUCGUUUCAUUAAAUAGUUAUAGAAUCAAUCAAGUUCGUUUGGGUUUCAAGGUCGAAAAUAAUUAAAAUCAAUGGAAUUGAGCUGCAUUUCAUAUGAUUGAGUAAAUGGUUCAAUUGCAACAUAUUAUGUUAUUUGUUGAGCGUUUGAAUUAAAACAUCGCCAGAUCGAGUUGAGACCAACUUCGCGACUAAUUUUCUAUAUAUCUGUCACGUCAAAUAAUUCCGUGUAUACCAUAACCUCACAUUCCGAACACAUUUGCAAAUUUUAUACAAAGUGGCUCUUUUAUCAUCACAUAAGCUUAUAAAGUUGUUUUAACUUGCUCUACAUUUCGCAGCAUUUCUGUUUUGUUUAUUUUAACAUAAUUCAAGUGAAAAAAAAAUGGGUAAAGCUAAGAAAGGAAAGAAGGAGAUUAUCAAUGAGGACGAGUCAAAAACGAAUUUAGCUGCUGACAGCGAUUCGGAACCAGAAGUUACGGUGACCAAGACAAAAGAGAAGAAACCGAAUAAGAAAGUCAAGGCAGCAACAAGUGAAAGUGAAAGCGAGGUCGAAGAAACAACAACAAAACCGUCGAAAAAGGCAAAGGAACCAGUCAAAAAGGGUAAAGGUAAUAAAAAGAAAAACGCCAAUGAUAGUGACGUUGAAAUGGAUGGAGGUGGCAAAAAACCUGGCUUCAGCCUUUUGUUAGACGAUGACAGCGACGAUGAUGAUAUUAACGUACAACCGGAACCACAAUCGGACGAUGAGGAUUUGGUGAUUGCAAAGACCAACAAAAAGAAAAACCAAUCGAAUGCAGGUGAAAAUGCGGGCAACAAAAAAGGAAAGAAGGCAAAGAAAAAGCGCAAUGACAGCGAUGAAGACAUCGAUGCCAUGUUGGCUGAGUUGGCAUUAGAGUAUGCUGGUGAAAAGCCACCACCGACCGCUGAAAAGAAACAAGAACAGCCAGAGGCCCAGGAUGACAACGAAGAUGGCGAGGAUAGUGCGGCUAAGAGUGCAGCUCAGAAGAAAAAGGAGAAAAAGGAACGGCAAAAAUUGAAACAACAACAGGAAAAACAACAGCAACAAUCCACUGAAACCGAUGCCACGAACGAGGAUACUGCUGCCGCUGCACCACCGACCAAAAAGGAAAAGCCGAAGAAAAAGGAAAAAGAAAUGAAAGCCACACCGACGGAAGAGGUUGAAGCUGGACCAUCGAAUGAGACCGUUGAAACGACCGAAGGCACCGACGACAAGAAAAAGAAAAAGAAGGGCAAGGCCGAUAAAAAGGAAGAAGAAACCAAGGAAAAAGAUAAGAAAAAGAAAGGACCGAGCCAAGCUAUGGUUGCUGCAAUGCAAGAACGUCUCCAAAAAAUCAAAGAAGAAGAAGAACGACAAAAGAGAGAAGCGGAAGAAAAGAUGAGGCAACACGAAGAAAUUGAACGAUUGCGUUUAGAGAAAGUGAGAUUAGAGGCUGAACGCAAGGAAAAGAAAAAGCAAAGAGAAAAGGAGCGCAAAGAAAGACUUAAGGCAGAGGGUAAAUUGUUGACCACAAAGCAAAAACAAGAUCAAGCCCGUGCUCAAGCUAUGUUGGAAUCGUUGCGAGCACAAGGUAUUGAAUUGCCCGAGGCCGGUGCCAAGAAACCGCGGCCUGGAACACGAAUUCGUCCAAAUAAGAAGAACCAGCAGCAAGCUAAUCAAACACCUUCCGAAGAAAAAGAUGAACAAAAAUUCGAUGAAGCGUCCGCUCAAUCGGAAGGAAAAACGGAAACUGCACCUGAGCCAAGCGAAGAAGAAAAGGUGAAAGAUUCAUGGGAUGCAUCGAGCUCAGAGGAUGAAUCGUCUGAAGUUACCGAGCCAGAGCCUGCCAAAUCGGCACCAACGACCGCAAGCAAAGCUCCAAACAAGGAUGCAACGUCAGAGGACAGCGAAUCAGAGGAUUCGGAUGAAAGCGACGAUGGGAGCGAUGAUGAAGAAUCUGAAGAUGAGGAUACGAGAACUGAGGCGGAAAUUAAAAAGGAAAAAGCCUGGCAACGCAUUAUGAAACGUCGUCAUGCAGCCGAACAAAAGAAAACCCUUGAAGAUCUCCGGGCGGCCGUGGUUUGUGUUUUAGGUCAUGUAGAUACGGGUAAAACAAAAAUUCUCGACAAGUUAAGACGCACUCAUGUACAAGAUUCCGAAGCCGGUGGUAUCACUCAACAGAUCGGUGCCACAAAUGUGCCCGUCGAUGCGAUUAAGGAACAAUGUAAAGUGGUGAAAGGAUCGGCCGAUAUGGUCUACAAACUUCCUGGUCUUCUGAUUAUUGAUACACCCGGUCACGAAUCGUUCAGUAAUCUUCGAACGCGUGGAUCGUCUUUAUGUGAUAUUGCAAUUUUAGUUGUUGAUAUAAUGCACGGUUUAGAGCCACAAACCAUAGAAUCAAUCAAUAUUUUGAAAUCGAUGAAAACCCCAUUUUUAGUUGCGCUAAAUAAAAUUGAUCGUCUGUACGAUUGGCAAACCAUUAACCGGAAAGAUGUGCGAGAUAUCCUAAAGAGUCAAGCGAUCAAUACACAAAAUGAAUUUGAAAAGCGUACAAAAGAUGUUAUUUUACAAUUUGCCGAACAAGGUUUGAAUGCGGCUCUAUUCUACGAAAAUCCCGAUCCACGUUCAUACAUUAAUUUGGUGCCAACGUCUGCCAUAACCGGAGAAGGUAUGGGCAACUUGCUGUAUUUAAUUGUUGAAUCGUGUCAAACAUGGUUGGCCAAACGAUUGAUGUACAGCGAAGAGCUGCAGGCAACUGUUCUCGAAGUAAAAGCUAUCUCCGGUUUGGGCACGACAAUCGAUUGUAUUCUGAUCAAUGGUAAACUGCGCGAGGGUGAAACAAUGGUGGUGGCCGGUACAGAUGGACCGAUCACAACGCAAAUUCGUUCACUGCUGAUGCCGGAACCAUUAAAAGAGCUUCGUGUGAAGAAUGCCUACAAGGAAUACAAAGAAAUAAAAGGAGCACAGGGUGUUAAAAUUGCCGCUAAGGAAUUAGAAAAAGCGAUAGCUGGCCUUAAUGUAUACAUUGCCCAUAAACCGGAUGAAGUCGAUAUUUGCAGAGAGGAGGUGGCCAAAGAGCUGCGGUCAGCACUUAGUCACAUAAAAUUGAGCUCGGAAGGUGUGUACGUUCAAGCAUCGACACUAGGUUCAUUAGAAGCUCUGUUGGAAUUCUUAAGAACGUCCAAAAUACCGUACUCCAAUAUCCGAAUCGGCCCAGUCGUGAAACGAGAUGUUAUGAAGGCGUCAAUUAUGCUUGAGCAUGAUGCAUCGUACGCAACCAUUUUGGCAUUCGAUGUAAAAGUUGAACGUGAUGCUCAAGAGUUGGCUGAUUCAGUUGGCGUUAAAAUUUUCCAAGCGGAUAUUAUUUAUCAUUUAUUCGAUAAAUUCACGGCGUAUCGAGAAGAAUUGAAGGCAAAGAAACGCGAAGAAUUCAAAACCAUUGCUGUUUUCCCAUGCAAAUUAAAGAUUUUACCUCAAUUCAUAUUCAACUCACGAGAUCCGAUUGUGAUGGGCGUUAUGGUCGAGAGUGGCAUCGUCAAAGAAGGUACACCCAUCUGUGUGCCCAGCAAAGAGUUUCUGGACAUCGGCGUUGUCACAUCAAUCGAAUGCAACCAUAAGCAAGUGGAGUCUGCACGAAAGGGUCAAGAAGUUUGUAUCAAAAUUGAACCAAUACCCGGUGAAUCGCCAAAAAUGUACGGUCGCCACUUUGAAGAUACGGAUAUGUUAGUGAGUAAGAUAUCUCGACAGAGUAUCGACGCCUGUAAGGACUAUUUCCGAGAAGAUCUGAACAACGCUGAUUGGAAAUUGAUGAUUGAGCUGAAAAAACUGUUCCAGAUUCUAUAAUUGCAUUGUAUGCAUGGUGAAUAUGAGAUGUGAGGCGUAUAGUGAGGCGACCAUUUGUAUUUAUUUGAAAAAGAAAGAAAACGUGAAUUAACGCAAUAAACGCGCACACGAAUUGUCCACAUCUGCAAAUGAGGAAAAUGGCAAAUGAAUUAAAUCGGAUUGUCAGUUGAUAAAUGAUCUUUCAACUGUUUUAUUUCUUCUUCUAAGUGACUUGAUUUUUCUGAUUUAAUUGUUUGAAAUAUUAGAAAAAUAAACAGAAAAAUGCAUGUUUUUUUUUAGUUAAA